AGGCAGUGGGCUCCGAGUCAACUGUAUGACCGCGGGCACUGGGUCAGACAUUGGAAUCGUCUGGCUGGACAGCGGGCACCACUGGGUCAUCCCAGGCAUCAGGUCAUUUGGCUUGACAGCGUGGCACCGCGUCAUCUGGCAAGGCAGUGGGCUCCGAGUCUCAACAGGCACGACAGUUGAGUCACGCCGGUUUCAAGCAGGUACUCCGGAUUGUCUGGCUCGACAGCGGGCAUCGGGUCACCAGGCAUCGGCCAUGUCAUUUGGCUGCUCAACAGCGGGCACCGGAUCAGGUACGGAUCAUCUGGAUAACAGCGCGGCAUCGAGUCCAACUGGCCUAAUAGGAUCGUCAGGCUGGAUCAGUUCAUCAUGCUGGGUAGAGGCAUCAGGCCGGGUAGAGGCAUCAGGCCGAGUAGUAGGCUUCAGGGCCGAGUAGAGGCUUCAGGCCGAGUAGAGGCAUCAGGCCGGAGUAGAGGGCUUCAGGCCGAGUAG